CAAUCCGCAGCCCCUGGGUCUGUGCAGUGACCAGCCAGUCCCCUGAGAACUUUCCCCUCCAGCACCCGGGAAAAUGAGGCUUUGGCUCCAUUUGCUUUUCACUGUAGCGGCUUUACAAGGUGUCCGGUCCCAGGUGCAGCUGGUGGAGUCCGGAGGGGAUGUGAAAAAGCCCGGAGACUCUCUCCGCCUCUCCUGCAAAGCCUCCGGGUUCACCUUCAGCGAUUACGGGAUGUACUGGAUCCGCCAGGCUCCCGGGAAGGGGCUGGAGUGGGUCGCUACGGUCAGCCAGCCAAGUGGAUCGAGCCAGUGGUAUUCCCCGGCCGUUCAAGGCCGAUUCACCAUCUCCCGGGACAACUCCGUCAGCUCGGCUUAUCUACAAAUGACCGGCCUCAAAGCCGAGGACACUGGCCGCUAUUACUGUGCUAGAGACACGCACAGCGAUGGACAGAGCGAUGAAGUUUUCAUUGCUGUGGCUUUGGAAGGUGUCCGGUCCCAGGUGCAGCUGGUGGAGUCCGGAGGGGAUGUGAAAAAGCCCGGAGACUCUCUCCGCCUCUCCUGCAAAGCCUCCGGGUUCACCUUCAGAAGCUACUGGAUGGACUGGGUCCGCCAGGCCCCCGGGAAGGGGCUGGAGUGGGUCGCCCGUAUCAGCAGUGGCAGUGGGAGUAGCACAUACUACGCUGAUGCAGUCAAAGGGCGAUUCACCAUCUCCAGGGACAAUCCCAGCAACCUGCUGUAUCUGCAACUGACCGGCCUGAAACCCGAGGACACCGCCCGCUAUUACUGUGCGAGAGACACAGUGGGGGGAAUCUCGACAGGGCUCAUACAAAAACCCGAGGCGCAGAACCGCCCUUCUCCCGUGCGCCGCGUGGGGGCAGCACUUCCCCAAACAAUCCAGCCCUGGGCACAGGAACUGGAUCUACAACCAGAGUGA